CUAUCAGAGUGACUGUACUUGUAUCCAAGAGGUCAGAGCUGAGGAUGGGAUGUAUCUUGGGACCCAGAAAACUAUGCCCUGUUUGAAAGUCCUACCUGAAGACCAGAAGGACCUAUCCUAACACACCUUUGGCGGCUACCUGGUGACCCCUACUUUGGCCUCUCUCUGGGUGAACAGCUCCUCAACAUGAGACACAAUCUCCACUUGACCUUCAUGUGUCUGAGUCUCUGCACUCAAAGGAUGUGCAUCCUCGGGAAUCAGCUCAGCAUCGAGGUCAGCAGAAGUGACAAGCUUUCCCUGCCUGGUUUUGAGAAUCUCACAGCAGGAUAUAACAAAUUUCUCAGACCAAAUUUUGGCGGAGAACCAGUUCAGGUAGCGCUGAAUCUGGACAUUGCAAGUAUUUCUAGUAUUUCAGAGAGUAACAUGGACUACACGGCCACCAUAUACCUCAGGCAGCGCUGGACGGACCAGCGGCUGGUGUUUGAAGGCAACAAGAGUUUCACUCUGGAUGCGCGCCUUGUGGAGUUCCUCUGGGUCCCAGACACAUACAUCGUGGAGUCUAAAACGUCCUUCCUCCAUGAUGUCACUGUCGGGAACAGGCUCAUCCGCCUCUUUGCUAAUGGCACAGUCCUCUAUGCCCUCAGAAUCACAACAACCGUUGCAUGUAACAUGGACCUGUCUAAAUACCCCAUGGACACACAGACAUGCAAGUUGCAACUGGAAAGCUGGGGCUAUGAUGGAAACGAUGUAGAGUUCAGCUGGCUGAGAGGGAAUGACUCUGUGCGUGGGCUGGAAAACCUGCGACUGGCUCAGUACACCAUCCAACAGUAUUUCACCUUGGUCACAAGGUCACAGCAGGAAACAGGAAAUUACACUCGACUGGUCUUGCAAUUUGAGCUUCGAAGGAAUGUCUUAUAUUUCAUUUUGGAAACCUAUGUUCCUUCCACAUUCCUGGUGGUAUUAUCUUGGGUUUCAUUUUGGAUCUCCCUUGAUUCAGUUCCAGCAAGAACCUGCAUUGGAGUAACCACCGUCUUGUCAAUGACCACACUGAUGAUUGGAUCCCGCUCUUCUUUGCCCAAUACCAACUGCUUCAUAAAGGCCAUCGACGUGUACCUGGGGAUCUGCUUUAGCUUCGUGUUUGGGGCCCUACUGGAAUAUGCAGUUGCCCACUACAGCUCCUUACAGCAGAUGGCAGCCAAAGAUAGGGGGACAGCAAAGGAAGUAGAAGAAGUCAAUAUUACUAACAUCAUCAACAGCUCCAUCUCCAGCUUUAAACGGAAGAUCAGUCUUGCCAGCAUUGAAAUUUCUGGUGACAAUGUCGACUACAGCGGCUUGACAAUGAAAACCAGUGACAAGUUCAAGUUCGUCUUCCGAGAUAAGAUGGGUAGGAUUGUUGAUUAUUUCACAAUUCAAAACCCCAGUAAUGUUGAUCGAUAUUCCAAACUCCUAUUUCCUUUGAUGUUUAUGCUAACCAAUGUAUUUUACUGGGCAUACUACAUGUAUUUUUGAAAUUAUAUUGAAUUGUUUUCAUACCAUAGGCCUUCAACAGAAGGUGGUGAUAAUGUAAAUGGCAUUGUAAGCUAAGUAUACAUCCUAAUCUAAGCAAUUAAAUAAUAUUUGAGCAUUUUUCUGCAAAAAAAAAGGAUCCCUAGCCAUUAUUCAAGCUGUGAAGUCCUAUGCAGAAGUAGCAGUUUGCAGACUCUUACAAUAGAAAAAUCAGCCCACUCCAUUUUUAUCUUUGUGAAGGACAUCUCCAUGGAAGCCAAGAUUAUAAAUCUACUUACAGCUGACUAUCUGCUAGGUGGCUACUUAGUCUGAUUUGCUGCCUAUAAAAAAUGAGAAGAUUAUUACACAUAUUGAGUAACUUACAAGUGUCAAGGGUUGUUUCUAAAUUAACCAUACGUGCAAUUAGCAAUCUAAAUGCCUGCUAUUUAGCACAGUAACUCUCUUCAGUGUUUAUCAAAUAUAUUGCUGCCUAUUUAAGGAGUAACAUUUUCUAAAUGAAAUGUGGGCCUAAGACAAUUUAGCAGAAGUCACAGCACUAACUCAAUACUAAAAUAAGUUUUUAAUACAAUAUUUAAUAAUACAGAAUUGUCCCCAAAUUCCAAUAACUCAUCUCAUGGAAAAAUCAAAUGUAAGUGAAGAAAAAUUGAAUGGAUCAAUAAUCUCAAACAUAAAUCCCUUGUUUCUAAGACAUAAUGGAUUCUCCAAACAAGAAUGCUGGGUCUUGAGUCUGUCAUUUGACAUGUCUUAUCAUCUAGUUAUUAUGUACAUACCAGUUCUAAAUAAGGCUAGAGCCCUUUCCCCAUAUCAGGGAUGGAAAUAGAAGAAUUUUUCUUUUUACUUAUUGUAAUAGUCUUAAUAAGAACUGUUGUCAACAAGACUUGCAGAAUUGAAUCUUCUCUACUCUUUCUGAACUGCAUCCUUCCCAGAGGAGCCCUUAUCCCUGUGCUCCAGUGACCAGGACUGAUGCUUAUUAGGCAGUGAGCUGAAUUUCCCAGGAACAAGUGAUUUAGCACAUGUAAGCUUGGCUUACUCAGAGUCUGAUCAUUCUGCUGGACUACUCUGAGUGGCUUAUCCUACAUGUGCAGGGGAAUGAUGGCCCUGAGUCCUGAACUUGCUUAGUAACAGUGGACCUUGUUACAGAACCUACGUUCAGGCUACAGGUGAGUGGUCUUUUCCAGGUUCAGCCACUCUCACCCUGACAUCAGAAGCACGAGUGUGCAUCUCUUCCAAGAUGCCAGCCAACACCACAAAAGUGGCAAUUUGCAAGUGUGCCAUGAUCAAAGUUCAGUCCCAUUUUGAAGAAUUUUGCCAACUUUAUUUCUUUAGCUCUCUUUUCUAAUAAAUGUACACUGUCACCCUUCUUUUUAGAAAUAAAGCAUGACUAUAGAUCCUCUCUCUUCUGUAACCCCUGUGUCUUGGA